ACCUCACAAAGCAUCAUGUCUAGCAAGGCCGACGCUAGUAUAAAAUUCAACGCGGAUACAAGCAACGAGGAAGAACUAGAUACCGAAACCAAACUCGUACUUCUCGCUUCACUCGUCCACCCAUUGACACUUCCACCGCAAGCUCUUGAGGUGCUCGCUUCCGUUGAUGGCGACGUCGCUAAAGCUGCAGAACGACUCCUCUUACCCAACCCCGAGACCUCUAGAAAACGUAAAGCUGGAUCAAGCUUGCAAGGAUGGCUCGGUCGCCCCAGCGAUAAUAAAAAAGCAGUUAAAGCAAAAAGAAAACAAGAAGCUGAGUCAACCGAUCGUCACUUGACAGUGUCGGCAGCUGGUGGUAGUAAAAUUAGUGGGACCUCUACCAUUACUAUCGAUGAGGAUAAACAGAGGGACGAUACCAUUUCAGAAACAGCACCGCCCAAGUCUGUCACCAAUGCUUUCGAAAUCUUGGGCCGAGCGCCUUCUUCACCGGUAAAACAGAAAGUAGGCCCUCAGCCGGCCAUUCAUCUCUCGUCACAGGCCUCGAUUGACUCACAUUCACUACCGCUCACUCUUAUCAACCAAUUUCUAUCACCUUCAUUAGCGUCCGCUCUCUACCUUAUCAUGAUGGAAGAAUCAAAUUCUUGGGGCGCCAAUCGGUUCUAUAUCGCAGGAAAGGCGGCGAAAAGCCCUCAUACGACGGGCUUCUAUCGAAAAGAAGGGGGAGGGUAUGGAGGAGGAAAGUAUUUUUACGCAGGAAUGGAACAAGGACCAGCCAAAGUUUAUCCAGCAUUUUUGGCAAGGGCCGCCGAGAUCGUUGAAAAAGCAGUCAACGAGAAUUUGAGAAAAAGACCAAGGUACGGGCUUGAAUGGGGGGGUGAGUGGAAAGCAAAUGUUUGUGGAGCCAACCGCUAUGAUGGUUCUCGGAGUUCAGUCGGGUGGCAUGCCGACCAGCUCACAUAUUUGGGUCCUUAUACCACAAUAGCUUCUCUGUCGUUGGGAACAUCCCGAGCAUUUCGGCUACGAGAGACGCCUCCUUCUGAUCCAGCGUUUGUAAUCAAUGACAAACCUCCUUGCACAUAUGAGAUAACAUUAGCCCACAAUACUCUGUGCUUGAUGAAUGCUGGAUGUCAGGAGAGAUACAAGCAUACCGUCCCCCCUCAGAAGGCAAUAGAUUUGUUCAGACCGGGAUAUGAUAUCGCGGAAAACCCGAUCCCUAAGGAUGCACAACUGGCAUUCACAUCUAGGAUCAAUAUCACUUUUCGCUUCUACCGGGAAGACUUCCACCCUGUACCAAAUGCGGGACCUUUCGGUCCUCGUGAAGGCACCCCAAUAUGUAGAUGCGGUGUCCCAACCGUUCUUCGAGCGGAUCAGAAAGCUAAAGCCCGCUCUCGCCUGUCCUCAACAUCUUUCAAAUCUCGUCCUCGCGCGUCCAGCAAUACGAACAUAAUUGAAGAUGAUAUGGUUUUCUUCUGGCAAUGUCAAAGUGCAACCCAAACAGGUGUGGGAAAGGGGUGCGGGUUUUUCAGGAUUCUAGAUAUGAAAAAGGAAGGGAGGGGACCAUGUAUUGGAGAUCGGGUGUAGGGUAUAAUAUGCUGGAUAUCAAUUUUUGAUGUUGUUGUAUGCAC